UCUUACCUUCAAUUUCCAUUCGUCUCGAUCGGAGCUCCGUGUACGAUCUCGGUGCUCGAUUUCCCGAUUCAGUUGUUUUUCCUGGUAACAUCGGAGUGGCGCGAAAACCCUCUCAUCGGAGUUGCUUUCUCCCAAAAAUAUCGAGAGGUUCAAAGUAACGAGAAAAUGGCUUUGGUAGCGGCCUUAGAGGCGGAUCUUCGCGCUCUUUCCGCGGAGGCGCGGCGGAGGUAUCCCGCCGUGAAAGAUGGAGCAGAGCACGCAAUCUUAAAGCUUCGUUCGUCAUCGAGUGCAAGUGAUCUUUCAAGCAAUGAUGAUAUUCUUCGGAUCUUUCUGAUGGCCUGUGGAGUCAGGAAUACAAAACUUAGCGUUAUAGGACUCUCGUGCUUACAGAAGCUUAUAUCUCAUGAUGCAGUUGAACCUUCAUCUCUUAAGGAGAUACUACAUACCUUGAAAGAUCAUUCAGAAAUGGCAGAAGAAAUUAUCCAACUAAAGACUCUACAAACCAUUCUAAUCAUAUUUCAAUCUCGCCUACAUCCAGAAACCGAGGAUACUAUGGUUCUGGGACUAAGUAUUUGUCUCAGGCUUCUUGAUAACAACCGACUACCUAGUGUUUACAAUACUGCUGCAGCUACCUUCAGGCAAGCAGUGGCAUUAAUUUUUGAUCAAGUGGUCUCAGCUGAGUCCCUUCCUAUGCCUAAAUUUGGGUCUAGCAGUCAAACAGCAAGGACUGGCUCAGUUACCGGAGAUCUGAGUCAGAAUAUCAAUAAUUCAGAGCCCUUGGAGAAAGAUGUUAUAUCUGGUCGAUUGACAAUGAGAGACACCCUGAGUGAAACCGGUAAACUUGGUCUGCGGUUGCUUGAGGACCUGACAGCCUCAGCUGCAGGUGGAUCUGCAGCGUGGUUGCAUGUUACUUCUCUUCCAAGGACCUUCUCCCUCGAACUAAUUGAGUUUGUUUUGUCGAACUAUAUCUCAGUUUUUAAGAUACUACUUCCCUACGAACAGGUUUUGCGUCACCAAAUCUGUUCCCUUCUGAUGACAUCACUUCGGACCAGCUCAGAGCUUGAGGGAGAAAUGGUUGAACCUUAUUUUCGCCGGUUGGUGCUACGGUCAGUUGCUCAUAUUAUUCGACUGUAUAGUUCGUCUCUCAUUACAGAAUGCGAGGUGUUCCUAAGUAUGCUCGUGAAAGCUACAUUUUUAGAUUUGCCAUUGUGGCAUCGCAUUCUUGUUCUUGAGAUAUUGAGGGGGUUCUGUGUUGAGGCAAGAACAUUACGGAUUCUUUUCCAGAACUUUGAUAUGCAUCCUAAAAAUACAAAUGUUGUGGAGAGCAUGGUCAAAGCACUUGCUCGAGUUGUUUCUAGCAUACAGUUUCAGGAGACGAGUGAGGAAAGUCUAGCAGCUGUUGCUGGCAUGUUUAGUAGCAAAGCUAAAGGAAUUGAAUGGAUUCUCGAUAAUGAUGCUUCCAGUGCGGCUGUUCUCGUUGCGAGUGAAGCUCAUGCAAUAACUUUGGCAAUUGAAGGCUUACUUGGAGUUGUUUUUACAGUCGCCACUUUAACAGAUGAAGCAGUAGACGUUGGGGAGCUUGAAUCCCCCAGAUACGAGCAUCAUCCUUCGUCUGAUUAUACUGGGAAAACCUCACAUCUCUGUAUCUCAAUGGUAGAUUCAUUGUGGCUGACUAUACUCGACGCAUUUUCCCUUAUUUUAUCAAGGUCACAAGGAGAGGCAAUCGUAUUGGAGAUACUGAAAGGAUAUCAAGCAUUUACUCAGGCAUGUGGCGUUCUUCACGCUGUAGAACCGUUGAACUCUUUUCUUGCAUCGCUUUGUAAAUUUACCAUCGUUUUGCCAACUGACGUGGAAAGAAAAAGUAGCCUCGUACAGUCUCCUGUGUCCAAACGUCCUGAAGUACAGAUUGAUCAGAAAGAUGUCAUUGUCCUGACACCAAAGAAUGUUCAGGCAUUGAGAACACUCUUCAACGUUGCUCAUAGGUUGCAUAACGUAUUGGGCCCAUCAUGGGUGUUGGUUCUUGAAACUCUGGCAGCCCUAGAUCGAGCUAUUCAUUCUCCUCAUGCAACCACCCAGGAGGUCGCAGCUGGAGUCCCAAAGCUGACCAGAGAGCCUUCUAGGCAAUACGCUGAUUUCAGCAUUCUCUCUUCUUUGAAUUCUCAGCUGUUUGAAAGCUCGGCGCUGAUGCAUGUGUCUGCUGUUAAAUCACUUCUUUCUGCACUCCAUAUGUUGUCCCAUCAAUCCAUGAUAGAAACUUCGGGCAGUGUUUUAUCAGCUUCAAGUAAAAAAAUUGGGAGCAUCAGUUUUUCGGUGGACAGAAUGAUAUCUAUUCUCGUAAAUAAUCUUCAUAGGGUGGAACCACUAUGGGAGCAAGUGGUUGGCCACUUUCUUGAGCUCGCUGAACAUUCAAAUCAGAACUUGAGAAAUAUGGCGCUUGAUGCCCUUGAUCAAUCCAUAUGUGCUGUAUUAGGUUCAGAGCAGUUUGGAGAAGAUCCGCCCAAAUCAAGAGAUGCAAGUCUGGAUGUAGAAUCAAAGUCAACUGAAUUGGAAUCAGUUGAGUGUGCUGUACUAUCUUCUCUCAGGGUUCUUUACUUUUCUGCUCAAAAAGCCGAUGUUCGAGUUGGUUCAUUAAAAAUUCUCCUUCAUGUACUGGAGAGAUGUGGGGAAAAGUUGUACUAUAGCUGGCCUAGCAUUCUUGAGAUGUUGAGGUCUGUUGCCGAUGCAUCAGAGAAGGAUGUGGCGACCCUUGGGUUCCAGAGUCUCCGGGUUAUUAUGAGUGAUGGACUUCCUACUCUUCCGGAAGACUGUCUCCAUGUGUGCAUAGACGUUACUGGAGCUUACAGUGCACAGAAGACUGAUUUGAAUGUAAGUUUAACAGCCAUUGGCCUGUUGUGGACUUUGACUGAUUUCAUAGCAAAGGGGCUCCACCAUGGGUCUCUAGUGGAGAAAGGAUCGGGAUUCAAUAAUGUUGAUACCACUCCACAGCAAGCAAAUGGUGAGGGUGGCGAAGAGCAUAUGGCUAGCAGUUCCAACAGGCCAGAUUAUGAAGCUCGAAUACAAAAACUCGUGGAUGACGAGCGACCAGAGGUCAGGAAUUCAGCUGUCAGGACGUUUUUUCAGAUUUUGGGAAGUCAUGGGAACAAACUUUCAAAAAGCAUGUGGGAGGAUUGUCUGUGGAACUAUAUCUUCCCGAUGUUGGAUGGCGCCUCUCACAAGGCUGCAACAUCAUCAAAGGACGAAUGGCAAGGGAAAGAAAUAGGUACUCGGGGAGGGAAAGCAGUCCACAUGCUUAUACAUCAUAGUCGCAAUACAGCACAGAAGCAGUGGGAUGAAACAUUUGUGCUUGUCCUUGGAGGAAUAGCCCGUCUCUUCCGUUCCUACUUUCCUCUUCUUGAAAGCUUACCCAAUUUCUGGUCAGGAUGGGAGUCUUUGCUUGCUUUUGUUAAGAAUAGCAUUUUUAAUGGGAGUAAAGAAGUAUCACUUGCAGCAAUAAAUUGUCUGCAGACAGCUGUUGUGUCCCACUGUGUCAAGGGAAACUUGCAACUCCGAUAUCUUAAUUCGGUCUUGGAUGUGUAUGAGCUUGUUUUUCAGAAGUCAUCGAGUUACACAGGUGACACAGCAACCAAGGUGAAACAAGAGAUUCUGCAUGGUUUAGGUGAGUUAUAUGUGCAAUCAUUGAAGAUGUUUGAUGAUAAAAUGUACAUGCAAUUGUUGGGAAUUGUAGAUCUUGCUAUAAAGCAGGCCAUCAUAAGUAGCGAAAAUUUCGAAAGUGAAUUUGGACAUGUCCCCCCUGUACUACGUCAUGUUUUGGAAAUCUUGCCUUCUUUGGGUCCUCCUGAGCACCUUUCAUCAAUGUGGCUAAUCCUGCUAAGAGAGUUUUUGAAUUAUCUUCCACGGGUUGAGUCUGCUCUGCCAAAUGAGGAAGGUGAGAAUGAGCAGAGCACCACAGGUCACCAUGCAAAUGUCAUCGCUCUUCUCAGCUCAAUGAGUGGUUGGGUUACCAUGUCUUUUUACUAUCUCCAGUUGUGUAUGGGAAAGUGCAUGAUGACAAGACGAGACAAUCCAGAUGGUUCGCUCUGGAAGGUUGCAGCUGAGGGCUUCAACCGUUUACUUGUUGAAGAUGUGAAAAUAUGUUCUGUGGGUGGUGACACAGACCUGAAAAUUAGCAAAACUUCUCGAAUACGCAUUUGGAAAGAAAUUGGAGAUGUUUACGAGAUAUUCCUUGUUGGUUAUUGCGGACGUGCACUUUCUUCAAAUUCUCUUCCUGCUGCAGCGCUUAAGGCCAAUGAGACCCUUGAGAUGGCCUUGUUGAACGGUCUUGGUGAUAUUAUCCUUAAGUCGACCGUUGAUGCACCCCGAGAAGUCCUGGAGCGGCUUGUUUUAACCCUAGACCGCUGUGCAUCACGUACAUGCUCGUUGCCUGUUGAAACUGUCGAGCUGAUGCCUGCCCACUGUAGCAGAUUCUCCUUGACAUGCUUACAAAAAUUGUUUUCCUUGAGCAGCUCUGAAACCGAGAACUGGCACUCAACGAGAGCAGAAGUGAGCAGGAUCUCUAUCAUCACGCUAAUGGAAAGAUGUGAAUUCAUUUUGAGUAGAUUUUUAAUGGACGAAAAUAAUCUAGGUAACCGUACAAUCCCAACAGCUAGACUUGAAGAGAUCAUCUUUGCCCUCCAGGAACUUGACCGCCUCACCAUUCAUCCCGAAGCUGCUUCGGUGCUUCCGUUGCAACCCUAUCUGAAAACCAUCCUACGCGAAGAUAACCGUGACACCCGUGCACACCUACUUGUUCUAUUUCCAUCACUGUGCGAGAUUGUGUUAUCAAGGGAAACGCGGGUGAGAGAGCUGGUGCAAGUUUUAUUACGAGCAGUUGCGACGGAGCUAGGUCUGGAAAAGGUUAGCCCAUCCAGU